CCUUCUCAACCGAUUGCCGCUUCUCCCCCGUUUCGAUAUUCCGUCACCGUCAAAAAGUCGAACCUGAACCCGAAUCAAGCAAUUCCUGAUCAGAUCGAAGCGCUUGAAGAUGUCCUAUCAAUCGAGUGCCUUUGCAGCUCUUGUUCCUUUCCUGCUGAUACUCUCAGCGGGGUUCCUUGCCGUUGUCGAGGCUCAGAAGCAACAGGCAAGUGAGCAGACCCGAUUCAGGUUCCAAGGAUGCAGGCCCGCCUCAAUCAAGCACAUAGUCGUCUUUGGCGACUCUUUCAGCGAUAACGGCAAUGUCUUUGAGCUCUCUCACGGGUCCUGGCCGCGCUCAGCCUUCUACUAUGACGGUCGAUUCUCUAAUGGACCCGUCUGGGGAGACUAUAUCUCGAUGGACGGACGGAUCAACAUGACGAACUAUGCAUUUGGUGGAGCGACUACGGACUCUGAGACGGUACAGGGAUACUCUGGAGCAAACGGCGAUAUCCCCGUUCCCGGAUUCAUUCAGCAGAUCGAGGACUACUAUCUCCAGGAUGAUUAUGCCCCACACACCCAAGAGAUGAAUUCGACCCUGUUUGUGAUCAAUUUUCAGGGCAAUGAUUUCUACUUUAACUCGACCAUUGACACACAAACGGUACUGGCGAACAUUGAACGGGGUAUCGACCGGCUCGUUGAUUUGGGCGGCAGACAUCUGGUUGUGGUUGAGAAUAUUGAUUCGGGACGGCUGCCUUGCUACCAGAGGAACUCAACGUUAUCGAAGCUAAAGAGUGCACAGUCCAGGAAGCAACAUACUGAAUACCGGGAUCUGAUGCAGAGACUUGCUGAGAAGCAUGGUCGCCAGGCAAGGACAGGCAGCAGUGUUUUCUACAACUGUAUGGAUAGCAACAGCAAUAGUGCUGUGGGAAAAAAGGUCAACAUUGCGUUCUUUGAUCUGUUUGCGCUCUUUGAGCGACUUUAUGAGGGCCGUCAGUUGAAGCGAAUGGGUAUCAGCGAUGUGGUCCAUGGGUGUGUGAACGAGGAUGCGACAAAGACAUGCAGUGAUCCCGGAAGGCACUUUUACUCUGACCUGUUUCAUCCCUCGACCAAGGUCCACCGUGAGGUUGCGAAUGGUCUCCUUCAGUUGCUGUAAAAAAAGACGCGGAACCGAGGCGGGAAACCAU